AUGUGGAAGGAUAAUCAGAAUAUUGUGGGGGAUUUUUCGGUUACUCGAGUAUGGGAUACUAUCCGCCCUAAAGAUGCAGAAGUGUCUUGGUAUUCGUUGGUUUGGCAUGCACGUUGUAUUCCAGAACAUGCAUUUCAUCUUUGGCUUGUAAUGAGGAAAAGACUGAAGACACAAGAUUUACUUAGACCGUGGGAUGUUUGGGACCAAUCAUCACAGUUUGUAUGCUCGUUAUGUGAGUUACAACAAGACUCAAAUGAUCAUUUGUUCUUCACUUGCUCCUUUUCUUCACAGGUGUGGCUGGGAAUAUGUUCGUUGGCAGGUAUUUCUGUUAAUGUUUCGGAUUGGGACUCUAUUAUGGCUGAGGUGAUUCCUUUAUCCAAAAGGAAAAACAUUGAGAGUGGUGUUACUAGACUGGUUCUUGCAGCUUCUGCAUAUUUCAUUUGGCAAGAAAGAAAUAGGCGUUUGUUUUCUCAGCAACGACGAUUGAGUGCUCAAUUGAUUCAGGAGAUUGUUAGUGUGGUCCGGUUGAAGCUGCUUUCAUUCCAUUAUAAGAUUAAUGACAGGGUUGAACACAUGUUGGGGGUCUGGAAGAUGUCGGUUUCUUUGAUGUCUUCAAAGUAUUAG